UCAUGGUCUAUUUCCACUCUUCACUUUCUCCCGAGGUCUACAACAAAAAGGGAUACGAUUCACACAAGGACGACUUACGAUUAUAGCUCCCCUAUCGUACCUUCGCUCGGUUGAAAACCCAUCCUCUCCUUGAUCGCAAAAGCAACAGCAUCAUGUCGACCCCUCCUGUAGUAAACUUCAUAACUGGCAACGCCAACAAACUACGUGAGGUCAAGGCGAUCCUCGAACCUGGCAUCACUGUCCAGAGCCAAUCCAUUGAUAUCGAGGAGGUCCAGGGAACUGUCGAGGAAGUGACCAAAGCAAAGUGCCGCAAAGCAGCAGAGACGGUCAAUGGUCCCGUCCUUGUAGAAGACACAUGUCUCUGCUUUAAGGCCCUUAACGACCUCCCGGGUCCAUACAUCAAGUGGUUCAUGCAAUCCAUAGGCCACCAGGGCCUGAACAACCUCCUCGCAGCUUACGACGACAAGUCCGCCGAUGCCGUCUGCACCUUCGGGUACUCCCCUGGCCCGGGCCACGAACCCAUUCUGUUUCAGGGCCGCACAAGGGGCAAGAUCGUGCCGCCUCGCGGACCAGGAGAUUUCGGAUGGGACCCCAUCUUCGAAUACGAAGGGCGGACGUAUGCCGAGAUGGACAAGGCUGAGAAGAACAACAUCUCGCAUCGCGGCCUGGCUCUCAAGAAACUGCAGGAUUGGUUUGCAGAGCAGUAGCCUAGCCUAAUUGAAAGAGAACAAAAGGGGAAAGCCCUACUCCAAGGUACCUUAGACAGACAUGGGGCUCGGGGCAUCAUUCGCGUUUCCGGAGGCCCCAACCCUAGCACGCUUCAUCCGGUGUCAUGUCCUAGCAUCAGGGUCUCGAACUCUCGGUAACGCCAGAGAUAUCUGGGACCCCGUCGAUACGCCUUAAGGGGUUCGUCGGGAGAUUUAUGCCGAAACUCGUGACCCGCUAGCCGCGAGAUAGAAGGCGAGUCGCGCCGCGAAGGAUCAAAUACAAGGAGAUUAGAAGGG